AUGAUAUAUUUCUUUGGUAUCGAUGACUGGCUAACAUCUUCUGGAAGAACAUGUAACGUCAGCAUGAAGAAGUCAAUACUCAGUGCAGUACUGUUCUUACUGUUGUUCGCAGCUGGCAUUGCGCAGUUCUUUUUUAUCGAUCACUUUAAACUGGUGGUCCCAUCAGUUGGUCACGCAGUUCUCUUCUUGUUUGAAAUGAUAUGUUUCCUCGUUCUGAUCAAUGCUCUCUUCAACGAGAGACCACUAUUCUUCUUGCCGUUUGUCGUUACUGAGCUUGUCAGAUGCUCAUGCAUCCUGGUGGUUAUUGUUCUCUAUAUUGUAAAAAUGUUCCAGGUCCAAGGACGUGAGGAUGAACGACCUAACAUCGUUCUACCAGCUCUUCACUACGAUAAUGAGCACAAGACUGUUAGACAAAUGGUGAAAUUGGUUAUCCAUCUUAUUUUCGUAUUCUUCGUUCACUUGGUUUUAGCUGGAAUCGGAUACCGAUGCUAUCAGAUCUACUCUUGGGGCACCCGAAGGAACCGUAUGAAUCAUGCGGAUUAUCGUCCAACACAGCCAAUGCAUUCAGUUAUUGUACUCGAGCAACCAAUUGAGCAAGCAAUGUACGGAAAGAAGCCAGUAAACUGA